AUGGACUACCAAAACCGUGCCGGCUCCAAAUUCGGCGGUGGCGGCGUCGCCUCACACUCCGCUACCAACGCCGACCGCAGAGAACGACUACGAAAGCUCGCCCUAGAAACGAUCGAUCUCGACAAAGACCCCUACUUCUUCAAAAACCACGUCGGCUCCUUCGAAUGCCGGCUCUGUCUUACGGUACACCAAAACGAUGGCUCCUACCUGGCACACACGCAGGGGCGGAAACACCAAACGAACCUGGCACGACGGGCGGCACGGGAACAGAAAGAAAUGCAAAAGGAUGGCCAAAUGCUCGGCGGACCCGGAGGCAUGAUGGGCGUACAAGUGCGCAAGAAUGCGGUCAAAAUCGGCCGGCCGGGCUACAAGAUCACCAAGGUUCGCGACCCGUUGACUCGACAGGUCGGGUUGCUUUUCCAGCUGCUGUAUCCGGAGAUCGCGCCGGGGGUCCAGCCUCGUGUGCGGUUUAUGAGCGCCUUUGAGCAGAAGGUCGAAGAGCCGGAUCGAGAUUAUCAGUAUUUACUCGUUGCCGCGGAGCCGUACGAGACGUGUGCGUUCAAGUUGCAGUCGCGCGAGGUCGAUCGACGCGAAGGGAGGUAUUGGACUUGGUGGGAUGCUGAUGCCAAGGAGUUUUGGUGUCAGGUGCUUUUCAAGACGGAGAGAGAUGAGCGGUAUAGUAAUGUGCCUGGGUUGGCGCCGGCCCCGGGAAAAAAGUGA